AUGCUCAGGCAGUUUCCCCGCCUGACCAACCCGUCACUUCGUGAAGUGGACAUCAAACACACAGUCACCCACCACAUUUCCACCACUGGACCUUCCAGAUCUUGCCGACCACGUCGUCUUUCUCCGGACCGUUUGAAGAUUGCCAAGGCAGACUUCGAACACAGGCUCGAAAUCGGCAUCAUCCGACAGUCCGACAGCUGCUGGGCAUCACCCCUCCACCUUGUCCCAAAGAAGAGCGGCGACUGGCGACCGUGUGGUGACUAUCGGGCGUUGAACUCCGUGACUGUCCCCGACCAGUAUCCCGUCCCGCACAUGCAAGACUUCACUCUUUCGCUGCACGGUAAGCGAAUUUUCUCCACGAUUGACCUUGUGCGUGCCUACCACCAAAUCCCCAUCGAAGCCAGUGAAGUGCCGAAAACCGCAGUGACCACCCCAUUUGGGUUAUUCGAAUUCCCCCGUAUGCCCUUUGGACUGAGGAAUGCCACUCAAACCUUUCAGCGAUUCAUUGAUCAGGUUCUGCGAGGUCUCGACUUCGUCUACGCCUACAUUGAUGAUUUGCUAGUGGCUAGUUCUGACGCUGCUGAACACGAGAUUCAUCUUCGACAGCUCUUCGAACGGCUUGACUCCUUCGGCGUUGUAAUGAAUGCUGCUAAAUGUGAGUUUGGAGUCCCCAGCCUUAUCUUCCUUGGUCAGGAAGUGACCUCAGAUGGGAUAAAGCCCGUCCCAGAAAACGUUUCGGCCAUAUCAACGCUCCCCGUUCCGACAACCAUAAACCCUUACGCCGAUUCUUGGGGAUGGUGA